GUCGGGGUUGGGGCACGGAAACUCUCUCUUUGGUUCUCUCCGUCCCCUAUUCUCCGAUCCGAAACGCUCUCUCUCCUCCAAUCCCCUCCUCCUCUAAGGCGACGCACCCACAUCGAUACAAAACAGUGUAGAGAGAGAGAGAGAGAGAGAGAGAGAGGGGGGGAGAGCGAGGGAGCGAGAUCGAGAUCGAGAGCGAACACUUCCCCCACCUCAUUUCCUCUCCCCCUCUCUCUUCUAUCUCUCUCUCCUCCUCCACCUCCUCCUCGGUUCCCGAGCCACACGGCGAAGCCGAGCUCCUCCGUGGCCGUCGCUGGGCGAUUCGACGCCGGGGGCGAGGAUCGGGAUCCACAGCGUUCUCUGACACAGGUGAAGAACUACUAAUGGAGUCAAAUAUGGAAGGCGCUCUCCCUAAGCCAAAAAAGGAUAAAUCUAAAUCCCCAAGACCUUCAAAAAAGAGCCGUAAAAUGUCAUCUCAAACUUCUGAGGUUAAUACAAAGGAUAAUACUGAUCUUUCUGCUGAAGAUCAGUCAAAUCAGCUGAUUAUUUACAACCCUGAACAUUCGAAUGAUGAAAGUCAAGAUGCGCUUGCAGUUUCUGAAAAUAUGGAAAACCAUUCUGCAAACCGAAUUUUGCCUUCUAUUGGGGCAUUCACUGUACAAUGUGCAACUUGUUUUAAAUGGCGGCUUAUUCCGACUAAAGAAAAAUAUGAGGAAAUUCGUGAAAACAUACUGCAAGAACCUUUUGUAUGUGAGCGGGCCCGCGAGUGGCGGCCUGAUAUAUUAUGUGAAGAUCCAGAAGAUAUAUCUCAGGAUGGCAGUAGGCUAUGGGCAAUUGAUAAACCUAAUAUCGCGCAACCACCUCCUGGUUGGGAAAGGUUGCUCAGAAUAAGAGGUGAAGGGAGCACCAAGUUUGCUGACGUGUAUUAUGCUUCUCCAACGGGGAAGAGACUGCGAUCUAUGGUUGAAAUUCAAAGGUACUUGAUUGAACACCCGGAGUACAUUAAACAAGGUGUGAAUUUAUCACAAUUCUCGUUCCAGAUUCCUAGACCUCUGCAAGAAAACUAUGUGAGGAAACGUGCUCCACGCAUGACAAAUCCUCUUGAUGGUUCUAGUUUAGGGCUUUCAAGGCCACUCGAACCUGAAGAAGUGAAUCCUUUGUCGUGGGCCGCCCCUCCGACACGAAGAGAGCUCGAGACCGGUGGAUCAGUUUCGCCUCCCCCUUCCUCCGAGCCGGUCGAGCCAUCAACAUCGUCCGAGAUGGAGAAGACGGUAAAGCCGCGCGACGAUCCUAUCUGCGAUCAGCCGAACAUCAAGUUAGAAGAAUCUGAACUGUCCAGAAGCACUUCUUCCCUUGAGCUUUAACUAGCGCAAUCCGCUUUGCCUGGUGCCCCUUUUGGUUUUCGGUCUUUGCCUACUUCUCGAUAUGGUAAGCAGAGAAAAGCGAGGCAGGGAAGAGUAAGUGGAUCUCUAGAUAGGGCACGGAUAGAGCUCUAUUUUGUACUCUUUAGAUGUUAAAUUCAUGGGUGGAUAUGCAGUGACAUGGGGUUUUUGGAAAGAUGGAUAGAAGAACAUAAAUGAGUGUCGCUACAAAAGAUAAAACAAGAAGAAAAAAAAAAAAAUCAUGCUCCUUGUUUGUUGUGUUUUGGACUAUAUACAGAUUAGUGCUCUUAACUUUAAAUUGUUCUUCUCUUCAUUCUCAUCUAUUAGAUGUGUACUUUUAAAGCUUCGAUCGCAUCGCAACCUGCCUCGACAGUUUAUUUAUAAGCAAACUAUUCGCGGCAGAGUCGGGAACAUUGAUACAGCUUUUUAAGCCUUUGCUGGAUUGAACUGGCUCUAUCAUUCUAACUUGAAUCCUCUCUUUUAGGAGGUGGGUGUACACUUAGUUUUGUUCUCAAGGAAAUUUGAUGGUU